AUGGUAUCGCGAGAGCUUUCGUCACUUGAAGCUGACUUUUUCGUUACUGAAAGCGAGCUUUAUGCUAAGGGUCUACAAGAGGCACCGAGAAUUGUCAAAUCGAAAAGGGUCAAGAAAGCUGCAGAAAACUCCUUGCAGAUUCUGAAAUGCAAACUGGGCUCAUAUCGGUUGGAUUCAGAGCAACCCAUAGUUAAUAAAAUAUUCGUAUCGUUAGAAUAUCACUCGGUUGAUAAUAGGCAUUUUUUCAUUAUCAGCAGCGGUUCCAAACCAGUACUGAAGUGCGAUGUGUCUGAAGUCCGUGACUUUGUAGAGUUGCCUCUUCAAAUUUUGGCUCAUAAGUGCCUCGCGCAAGAGAUGCUAGUUAGGGCACAGACCGCCAGGCAUUUGAUUAAAUCAGAUGAAAACUCGCGAUCGCGUAAGAAACGGAAGGUAUCGCCUCUAGAGCGCAGCUCUUCGGCGGCUCUGACCGGAAAAAUCCAAUCAAAGUACCGUGAACUAGAGUGUUCGGACGCACAACUCGCAGUAUGGGGUGAUGGCUCAGGGUGGCAGCUAGAAUUCGAUAUCUCGUUGAGAUACAAACAGGAGAGCUCCAACAAUUUUGCCGCAGAGACUAAUCGAUUUUUAGACACACUAUUUUCUGAUAGAUCCCGUACCCACUUUGUCAAACACGAGAUUGCCAAUCACUACGUGCAACGGCAGUUCAAUCAUCAAUCUACAAAAUACACCAUGGAGCUCGACUUAGGGUUAGGCGAAACGAUGCCUGAUAUCCCGCAAUUAAAUGUUCGACUUCUGCCAUUUCAGAAAGAAUCUGUGAGAUGGAUGCUUCGAAAGGAAGGCUACUGGUGUUCAAAGAUAAAACUAGCAGAUGAAAAUUAUAAGCUGGAAGAACUUUGCGAGCUACUGAAUGCACACGUAUCGUUUGGUUACGAAAUAAUGCGCUUGCCGAAAAGUGCAGUCAUGUUUUGGAACAAGUUCACCGGUUAUAUCAUUUCAUUCAAUGAUGCGAUAUCAAUCAUCAGUGCCAUUAAACUGCAACAAGUGCAAGCUCAAGGUGUAUUAUCGGAAGAAAUGGGACUGGGAAAGACUUUAGAGGUCCUUGCUCUCAUUCUUACAAACAAGCGAAAACUUACAGGAGACUUUACAUUCACCACAGAUGCUAACAAAGUCAUAAGGCGCGCUGCCACAAGUCUCAUUGUUUGUCCAGAUAGUAUUUUAAGGCAGUGGAUGGAUGAAAUUGAAAUGCACGUCAAUUUCGAAAGAUUAUCAGAUCCCCAAACCAAAGAUGGUAAAGUGGAUGUCAAUGGCUUGGCUCUGUUUCACUACAAAGGCUUUCAAGAAGUCAAAAGUUUCUUCCAAACUGACGAUAUCGCUACCAUCGUCGAACAACUUGCCACGUACGACAUCAUUAUCUGCUCGUAUACAACAGUGUCUGCUGAAGUUCAUUACGCUGAAUUUAGUGCGGCCGUCAGAUACCGGCGCGGAAAUGCUCCAAAGUACGACUACUCUUCCCCAUUGUCGCUUUUACAAUUUUACCGCAUUAUUCUCGAUGAAGUACAAAUGUUACGAGGCGAGAGUACUAAUGCUGCGAGAUGUGCGGGGCUUUUACACCGUGUCCAUACCUGGGGAGUGUCAGGCACACCGAUCAAUAGUAUUACAGACUUCAAAACAGUUCUCUCAUAUCUGCAUUUCCAUCCAUUCCAAGAUAGCGCAAAAAUCGUGGAUGCAGUGAGAAAAAACGUAAGCAAGAGGAACAAGCUACAAGAACACGGAGGUAAUUCAGAAUUAGACUUGCACACUUCACUUGUCAAAGGAAUCAAGUUUGAUGUGAACGACUUGAUGGAUAUUUUUCCAAGGUUUGAUUUGUGCAUUAGGCAUUCAAAAGUCGACGUUUCAGAUCAAAUAUGUAUUCCCAAGCAGCACAACUUUAUUCUUCCGUUGGAAUUUCUACCAAUUGAGCAAGACAAUUACAUGAAUCUUUGGAACACUUUUUUGGAAGCUUCUGGCUACCAGAGCGAUGGUAGUGGGAGAACAUAUUUGAGCCCUAAAGACUUAAAUUAUUGGCUGGGUAUUCUGCGGAAGACGUGUUGCCAUGCAUUGAUGCCCAAGGCAAUGUUGCGGCUAGACGUUGACCAGGAUACAGCAACAAUCCAAACUAUGGAUGCCAUAUUGAGGGGUAUGACAGGUGACGUCGCUGAGAAGAUCGACAGCCUUAAUAGAGAGAAUUUUACUCUUAAGAUCCAAUUUGCCCAAGUACGUAUGGAACUGAAAAACGAACCCAUGAAAGCGGUGAACUCGUUGAUGUGCGUACGAGAAGAGCUCACACAAGAUUUGAAGAUGAGAUUUGGAGUUAACGUUUCAAUCAAUAACAGUAAUGCACGUGAUAACGUUUCAAUGGAUGGCAGUGAUGAUGAGUCUCGAAAUGUGGAAGCGAAGCCUUACUUGGACUUGUUACACCAGUGCUUUUUUUUCAUUGCCACCGCUUAUUACUUACUAGGAUCGAAGAAACUCGAGGCUGUGGAUGACGAAAACUCAAAGCGGAAACUCUUAAAUGCUUCAAAUGAGGAGGUCAACGGAAUGGACAAUGAUGCGUCGCUUAAAAAAUAUGUGGAUGUUUUCUCAGAUGAUGAAAUGAAGGAAAUCACUAUGUUUCAAAGUCUUGAGCAAGAAAACUACGGAUAUGCAGAGAUAUUGCGAAAAGCUAUUCUGGCUGACCGCAUAAAAAAGGUCGACUCUGAAAUUGAAGAAGUAAAGACAUUUUUUCAAACUGGCAAAGCUUCUUCUGUUUGUCAACUGUCGGAAAUUCCAUUUCGCUUUAAUGAAGAUUAUUCCACGAACAUGGGCGUUGCACUUGGCUAUAAGCGCCUGCAAUCGACCUUUCAGAGUCUGAAUAAUCAAACAAAGCAAUUCAACAAUCUACUUUCCGAUCUUCGAGAACUUUCAUACAAACCUCUAAUUACGGAGUAUGACGAAGACAAUCAAGACGACAAGGCUCAGGAUUACGAAAACACGAUUGAAGAUCAAGACAAAGUAUUUGCAACUUUAGAUUGCUUGGAGAGAAUAUUGUCUAACCGAGAGGAAGUUGCUUCCGCUGAUGAAGAAAUCAAGCGAUAUUCUAAUCCGUUUAGAAAUAUGGAUACUUUUUCCGAUUUCCACAUAGCAUUGAUAUCCGAUCUCAUCCUCAUAGACGGGUGCACUCUAAAAAUGGCUUUUACAGACUUGAAGAAUGUCAGUAUUGUCAACAGCUUCACUGACUCCACUGUCGGAAAGAAACAAAGCUUCGAAACUUAUUUGCUGGGUUUCGAAGCGGUCAUACCAAAAAUUAAGAAAGAAAUCAAACUUGUGAGAGAAAAUUUAAAGAAGUUUAAUGAGAUUUACAACUCUAAAACCAACUACUUUAGCAAUUUACAGAAAAUAUCUGACUCCUUGGUGUCUUUGGUACAAUUAGAGCCAGCGAGCAGGGGCAUGAUCUUGAGAAAUACAAAAGAUAAUAUUCAACUGAAUGAAAACGUUCGAAACAUCAACAAUCUCAGGUCGCGCUUGAAAUACUUGGAGACUUUGACAAUAUUAAAAGAGAGUCUCGAUCUUAAAAAGAAGUUCAAUUGCGCAAUUUGUCUCAGUGAGAUAUUUAUGGGCUCUAUGAUCAAAUGCGGGCAUUUUUUUUGCAGAAGUUGCAUACACAGCUGGCUUAAGAACAAGAAUGCUUGUCCAUUGUGUAAGAUGGAGACAUCCUUGUCUGAAGUUUACACUUUCAAAUUUCAGGAUGCUCAACCUGAAGAUGGUCAAGAGCAACCCGAGAGUCGCGCCGAUAGCAAGAGCGAAACACAGGGAGAUAUGCAUAUUAAUGAUGACUCUCAAAAUGGCAACUCGGAUAAUGAGUAUCCACAUAAAUACUGUGGAUACCCUCAUCUGGAAAAAAUCCACCAACUGACUCUCAAAGAUACAUAUGGUACUAAGAUAGACUUCGCCGUCAAGUUAGUACUUUAUUUACUAAUUUGUCAUCAAGAAGAGGUCGAGCGCGAUGCCAACGCGAGAGCUCCUCAAGUUAUCAUUUACUCCCAAUACUCGGACUUUCUCGACAUACUGUCCAAAGUGUUGUCGCAGCAUGCAAUCAAACACUUCAACACUUCUGGAUCGUCUAGAUUCUCAAAGACUGUCGAAAAAUUUAAGAAAAGUCCUGAUAUUACCUGUUUACUACUUGACGUCAAAAAGCAAGCCACUGGUUUAACUCUUGUGAACGCAACACACGUCUUUAUCAUGGAGCCAAUAAUAAAUGAUAGCGCCGAGGUACAAGCGGUCAAUAGAACUCAUAGGAUUGGUCAAACUCGUGAGACUUAUGUGUGGAACUUCGUGGUACGAAACACAGUGGAGCAAAAUAUCGUCAAAUACAAGUCGAUAUUGGAAGAAAAGAAGGCUUCACACAAAGAGCAGCGUUCUCGCGAGAUGAACCCACGGGUAUUGAAGUCUGAGAAUUCACCCGAGGAGACUAGCUCCAGCGAAGACGAAGAUGAUGAAGAGUAUGUGUUCAAUCAAGAGGGAGACGAAAGUGUUUCAGGCAAGCAUAUAUGGAGCUGUUUUUUCCAGCCUCUACAUUAA